CACAAAACUUGUGUGCCAAUACUACUAUUUAUAUAUAUGUUAUGCCGGCUGCAACUCAGAGAGGAAUUCCAUCUUCCAUCGGAGACCGGCCGGCCGCAUCUGUUCUUACAACUGCUCGACCCGUCGGCCAUGGACGCCGACGAAGAGCCGAGGCCAAGCUGCAGCUGUAAGGCCUCCCGCUGCAUCCAGCGCUACUGCAAUUGCUUCGGCAGCAGGUGGUACUGCUCCGACACCUGCAUAUGCGAGGGCUGCCUGAACACCGAGGACAGGGAAGCCUUUGUGGAGGAGAGAGCCGAGCUGGUACUGAAGAAGAGGCCCGGCGCGUUCGGGUCCAAGAUCGCUAUCGUCGGAGACACGUCCAGCCAGGGAAAGCAACAGUGGAGGCACGUCAAGGGGUGCAACUGCCGCAGGUCCGAGUGCAUGAAAAUGUACUGCGAGUGCUUCAAGAACAAAGUCGCGUGCACCGAGAGAUGCCAGUGCGACGGGUGUGGCAACGGCCAUGGAGCAAGGAACGACGAUGCGAGACUGCUUCACAACAAUGGCAAUUCGGGCGGAAAAUCUGACGACGGUUGUGGAACACCUGACGGUUCUAACGGGACAUCGAAUGAGACAGCGGUGGUUACAGACGAGAGCUCGCAUUCCCCAACAGAGGCAGGCGUGACGGAAAACGCCGCAGCGUCUGGCAACCCUUGUGAUCUUGAUCCAGGUGUUCAUGCAUCCAAUGGUGAUGGCCUUGGUGACAUGCUCUUCGGUUUAUCUUUUAGAAGGAAGUUACUCGCACCAGAAUGCUCCUCCCCAAACACAUCAGGGGCCUGUGCAGGCUGUGGCGCCUGACAAUGCGACCUCCACGCCGCAGGGUCCCUCGAACCCUGACACUUGUGGCAUCGACAAUGACAGACAGAACGGUUUCAGUUGGAAUUGAGCCUGAUGAAGCUGGUCAACUUCAGAACAUAGUUAUUUUUGCAUCUAGUGCUAGAUACAGCCCCUAUCUUCCUUGCAGUGAAUUUAGUGAUUUAGUCAUGGUCUUUGCUCUGUGAAAUACUUGAGCCUUGGAGAUGUGAUUAGGGCAUAUGGUUUCUUUCUGAACCUCUCUUUUGUCUUUUGAUGGUUAUGAAUAUGAGGAUAUCUGAUUAUGUUACAAACUGACAAGUAAAGGAAUGAAGUGCAGUAAACUGAUCCGGAUCGAAAACAAA